AUGACACCAAGUUCUUUGUCCCCGCAUUACGCGGCUCAAUCUCCCUCAGGACACAACAACCGGGUUCAUCCCAACUGCCCUAUCUCAUCACUGAGAAGGGCCUGCGAACGUACCAGAGAAACCUACCACAAAGUAGCAGGGUCCAGCGUGUUCGACUACCAAGCAACACCGUCAGUUCCAAAGAGCUUCGAACAAGGAUUUCAUGAAGAGUCGGCAGUAAACUCCACUUCCUCCCCGUCCUCCACUCAAUAAACUUUCAUGAUGCUAACUCGGCGGCAGCUUUUUUU